CCCAAAAGAAGAAGAGAAACUCGACCAGUGCUCCCCCCUCGUAAUGUUAUUGAUCACCAUGUCGGCGUAGAAGGAAAACAAACCUCAGAACAACCGUCCUGUUCCAACACGGAGUCUUUAAAAUGGCAGGCGAGGAGGAGCGGGGGGUGGUCCGUGUCAAAGUCAAGAAAUGUGAUGGAGCACUUCCUGUGGAGUUUCGCUCCUUUGCGGUUGAUCCUCAGAUAACUUCCCUGGAGGUCCUGCAGCACAUUCUUAUCAGAGCCUUUGAUUUGAACGGGAAGCGGAACUUUGGGAUCAGUUACCUGUCUCGAGAUCGGAGUGGUGCUGAAAUGUAUCUGCCUCUGGUGGCUGACUGGGAUUUGGAUGUUGCAUUUGUCAGUGCUGCCAAACCAUAUCUGCAGCUCAAGAUGGACAUAAAGCCUUCAGAAGACAGUCCUGUUAUGGAGGACUGGGACAUCAUAAGCCCCAAAGACGUGAUUGGCUCUGAGCAGCUUCUUGCAGAGAGGACUAAGUCUUUAGCAUCUGCAGCUCUUCCCUUCACCCAGUCUCUACUGUCCCAGGUGGGCCGGACUUUGUCUAGAGUCCAGCAGGCCUUCAGCUGGUCGUACGGGGAGGAGAUCAAGCCUUUCAAGCCUCCUCUGAGCGACGCCGAGUUUCACAGUUACCUCAAUGGACAGGGCCAGUUGACACGACCGGAGGAACUCAGACUGCGGAUCUACCAUGGUGGUGUGGAACCUUCACUGCGCAAGGUUGUUUGGCGGUACCUCCUGAACGUCUACCCUGAUGGGCUGAGUGGACAGGAAAGGAUGGACUACAUGAAGAGGAAGACGAGGGAGUAUGACCAACUGAAGAGAGAGUGGACGGCCAGGGUCAGCCACGAAGACCUUGAAUUUAUCCGUGGAAACGUUCUCAAAGACGUCCUGAGGACGGACCGGGCUCACCCAUACUAUGCAGGCUCAGAAGACAGUCCACAUUUGACUGCCCUUACAGACCUGCUCACCACAUUUGCCAUCACACACCCACAGAUAUCAUACUGUCAAGGCAUGAGUGACAUCGCCUCCCCUAUACUUGCAGUAAUGGACAACGAGGCACAUGCCUUCAUUUGCUUUUGUGGCAUCAUGAAACGUUUGGAGGGGAACUUCCGGCCAGAUGGACAGCUCAUGUCCAUUAAGUUCCAGCAUCUAAAGCUGCUGCUGCAGUACUCUGAUCCUGAAUUCUACUCUUACCUGGUGUCCCGAGGAGCUGACGACCUCUUCUUCUGUUACCGCUGGCUGCUUCUGGAGCUCAAGAGAGAAUUUGCGUUCGACGAUGCUUUGAGGAUGCUUGAGGUCACGUGGAGCUCCCUGCCCCCGGAUCCCCCUGAAACAGAAGUGGAGCUUCUCGGACCACCACUGGAGCCUGAUGAAACGGCGACCUGCAGAGACAAAGACAAGACAGUGGAGAACUGCCAGGAAGAUGAUAAGGAGCAGAAAGAGAAGCAGCGCAGGCGACAUAUGCUGAGACCUUCAAGAGAAGAACCAGAUGUGAGCAGGAACGCUUUCAUAGAAGAAAAAGACAGGCAAAACACAGGUGCUGGAAAAGGAAGUGAGGGCAGCGAUUGUGAAAUUCAUCAAGUGGACAUGGAAAAGGCAGAUUCACAGGCUCCUGCUUUUGAAAGGCAAACUAGUUUUGGAGAGUUUAAAUACUAUACUGCCCGCAAUGAAGACAGCUUUGAUAUGGAAGAUGCUGAGCAGCCACAGGGUUUGGUGGCUUCAAAGGCAGUGGUGACCAUCCCAAGACGCCAGUCCACAGUUGACAGUGAGGAGGACCCGGGAGAGAGAACGCCUCUCAUAAAAAACUGUGAAAAUGGUUUCUCUCCAAUGUCAUCACCUCCCCUCUUUCCUAACGGCCUACCAAUGUGGAAAACUGGCUCCUCAGUCUCUCCCACAUCUUCAGCCUCACCCUCCAGCUGGCCAGGAGCUUCUCCAGACUCUCCUCCAAAGUCCGCUUCCCCUUCCACAACCAAUGGAAGAGAAGCCUUACCAAGAAUCUCCCCACAAGUAUUGACUUCCUCUGCCCAAGUGCUCAGCAGCACAGGGAUCAACUCUCCGACAACCCCCACAGUAAAAACAUCUGUUGCGUCUCCCUCCCACACUCAGAAUCGAUCCCUACUCUCCUCACCUAUUUUGUCCUUUGGAAGGGGCCCAUCGCUGUCUGGCAGCAGGUUGUCCUCCAACAAUCUCCCUUCCCCGGGAAACAAAUCCCCCAGCACCACGGCUAACACGCCCAGUUCUUUGAAAGCUGAGACCACCAGCAUCAAACCGUGUUCCCUGCCGCCUCCUCAAGAGUUUGGCAAAGGCAAUCCCUUCAUGCUGUUUCUGUGCCUGUCCAUCCUGCUGGAGCACCGAGACCACAUCAUCAAGAACAGCUUGGAUUACAACGAGCUGGCCAUGCACUUUGAUCGCCUUGUGCGGCGCCACAACCUGAGCAGGGUGCUGCAGCGGGCCAAGGCCUUAUUUGCAGACUACUUGCAGAGUGAGGUGUGGGACUCAGAAGAAGGGGAUGAGGUUAGCUCGGACUCCCCGACAACGGCUACCGCUGCUCAACACUCCCCUUCUUCAGUCAUCUCUGCGCGGCCCAUUUACAGCCCUUUAGCAUCGCCUCAGUCGUCAUCUCCAAACUCAACCUAUAACCUCGCAACCACCAUUCCCUCCCCAACAGCUCAAGUUUCCCUUUCCCCCACUUCCUGAUUACAUCAUGCAUCAUUGGCUUCUCAUCCUCAGUGAACUCGUCAGAAGACUGUGGCCCAUUGGAGGUGUCGAUCUUUUUUUUAGUCAGCCUUCCACAUUGAAUUGGGCUGUUAUUAAUCUUCUCGUUCUGUGUAUGCUUGAAUAUAUAUUUAUAUUCCUUAUGUCAAUAGUCAUUGUAAUGUUUUAUUUUUUUCCCAUCAGCCCCUUCGGUCGAUGGAAGGGUUGUCUGUCCUUGAAUAGGGGAUGAAAGAGCUUCAUUUCUCGUCGUGUCCUCUGAGGUUGCUGGUGCGUGACAUUGUUAAACCCUGUGAUGUAGGCGUUUGACUGUCAUACAGUUGCGAGUUUUGCCAGAACCAACAAAAGUUUAGCCACUUGGUGCAUUUAGCCUGCGUUGCCCUCUUUAUUAACUUUGUUUACAAGCUCAUGUUAUGUCCAGUAAGCCACGUAAGUGUCUUAACUAAAGCACUCAAUUUACAUCAGUUGAAAACCUAAAGAGAAAUCCAAACUCUGAUUAGCUGAAAGUUGAGGUUUCAAUAGUUCGUUUGUCCAUAAAGACUUUUUACAGAAACAGCUCUUGUUAACCGAGGUCAGUCAAAACAAACGAUGAUGACAAAGCCAGCACACAUACUUAGCUAAGCUUCCUGACCCAGCCUGUCACCACUAACCUUAAAGGAUAAAUCAAUAAUACAUUUUCACAAGGUAAAAAAAAAAUCCACUUCAUAAAGAUAUAGAGAAGAAAACUGGAGUUCCUGCUGAGGUCUGAGAUCAUAGACACACACUGUCACUGUGUACGUCGCUAGCUAGCUUCAGCUAACAUCUGUAACGUCACUGGCUGUUUGAGGCCAAGAAACACAGACUGCACAAACCAGUCCAAAUGUUCAAAUUCCUGUGAACAACAAAAGAACACACUUUAAAGGCCCGAUUACACCAGCACUUUAAACAGUGAAAUUUUAGACCUAUGUCCGCUGAUUUUCAAAGGGAUAACCGCAACGGCUGUGAAGGAGAGCUCUUGCGUAGAGUUCAUGUUUACAUGAACUUUUGACACACAAAUCGGCAGCGUUAACAAAUUCAGACUGCCUUCACACUGCUGACCUUUUGAGGAAACAGAGCUACAGAGUCCUGAAUAGAGGAACCUAACCUGUAAGCUGUGUCUUGCCAUCCAGCCUUGUGUAAACAGCUUUGUGUAUAAGCUGCUCAACAAAAGAGCUGCAGUCAGUUGUUGCCUUUAUUUAACUGUGUUAACUUAUUUCAGGAGGGAGACGGGAAUGAAUUUCUCUGUGCCAUUUUCUGGUGUGACCGGGCACUAAAGCCUGAAACCCUUCCAGCACUUGGGCCUCUAGAGAGUGGUGUCAUCAGGAGCAUGUCAGGUUGGGUGUGGAGACAACAGAUUUAGAACAGAGAGCCUUUCAUUACAGCCAGAGUCUCAAAGAUAUGGGCAUUUUUACCAGACAGGGAGGCUCUGACAGAGAUAGAGCCUGUUGGGUUGCAUUAUGGGAAAUGGAGGAUCCAGUGUUUUUGGAGUUUGACAGGUCCGAGCUUUAUGAAAAUGAAAGACUAAAUCAGUGGAGUACUUUAUUUUUAGCGCACACAUUCAAGACACAUUGCUGCUGUGAACCAGUGCUGUCUGUUGGACUUUUCUUUUUACUCUUCUGAAGUGCUAUUGCAUCUGGACUUGAUGGCCUGGUGAGAUGCCCAGAGACCUGGGUCUGAACAGAGUAAUGUUGCAGUGGCCCAUACAUUCCACCACUCAUUGAUUCCCUUUCAUACCAUGUAUGUUUUACGCUGUAGAUGAUCCAAAAUGAAUUAAUGUCCUUUUUUUUUUGCCUCUCACCUUAAUGCUUGAUCUUUUUUUCCUAUUUCUGUUGUCAGCAAACCAAAACUUUGCAAAGGUUUCAUGUUGCUUCAGUGUCUUACUGCUUGUGUAAGGAAAAAAAAGUGGUUACACGAUUUACAUUUGAUUUACAGUGCAGUAUAAGUAAGGUUAGGUUGAGGGGAUGUGAGAGAUUUUGGGUUAGUGCAAUAAAUAUGCAUCAGUGACAUGUUGAGAAGGGGGUUUACAUUACCCCGAACAACUCAAAACAGUCACAGGUGUUUGUUUUUAUUGAGUUUUUUAUUCUUUUUUUUUUGGUUUUUCUUUGUUUAGUUCUGAAGAUGACUCAGCCAAUCACAAAGUCUCAAGUCCGACUUUGGUACGUAGUUAGGGUCUCCGUAGUUACAACAGGAUGGAACUGCUGAUCCUUCUUGUACUGAAUUGAUGACAUCACAUAAAAUAGCGACAUCUUGUCAUGUCGUCACGUUACAGCACAAAGACAUGUGGAUGCAGCACUGUAGGGAGCAGUGAGGUGCUGAUCUGCGUGAACAGCUGAUACACCGUAUGUGCUGGACUCAUGCAUUCAAACCACCACCGUAGCAAAGCAAGUACUGUACAUGAUUAAAUGCUUUGGUGGGUCAUUAUUCUGUGACGUAUCGUUUUAUUUCUCUGGUUAUUGCUGUUUCCCAAAGACUGUCUUUUUUUUUUUUGCUCUGUGUUGUGAUUUCAGUGAAACCAUGGAUAGGUUUGUCUGAACGAGACGGAUGUGAUGCACAGUUGCAGGUUUCACAUGACGGUCUUGUGUGGUUCCGUGUGUGGUUCCUUAAAGAAGAGAGGAAGUAGUAACUGAUUCUUAUUCAGUAUCCUUACAGCUGAUUCUUCAGUGUCAUAGACAGAUUAUAAUGUGGGAUAUAUUAAACAUAUUAGCACAUGUGCAACCUUUUGGCAGAGAAGUGCCUCACUUGUUUUAAUCAGUAGCCUUGAUUUCCAUUUUGUUUUGUGCGCUUAGCCACUGUCUACAUUGUGUCGUCAUACAUGCUGAGCUAAAAGCCAGUUUCAGGGCUGGCAGAUAUUGGAAUUAAAUAAUGUGACUGGAUUGUACCGAUGAUGCUUUCAUACAUGGUGUUCACUCCAGAAGGAAAGUCAUCAUCUAACAAGAUUUCACUGACUCUGCAUAUUUCUACACGGUUCUUAAUUUCAUUGCCUCAUUGACUUUUUCUGGAAGCCUCUUCCUGGCACUGUAGUGCGCAUAUUUUUGAUAUGAUAGAUGUGAGAAGGCAAGAUGUAACUAAACUUUCCACUGCAGUGGACAUCAUCCAUCCAAAAGGUUGAUCCUGUGUCUCCAUUUGGUCCAAAAAUGGAUCAAAUGCUGCUAAAACUGUGAUGUAAUAUUUCAUUUGUGUCAUUGAAAGGGCUGAAGAGCUGUUUUCAAAUGUUUAAAAUUCAUUGAUAUUCAGAUCGGGACACAAGAAAACCACCAGUCAGAAACACUACGCUUGUGUAUCAUGGAACCAUAAUAUUAGUUUGUGUUUGUUGUUGUUGUUGUUGUUCCUCAAAUCCCCAGAUUUUCUCUCAGCUCACUGUUGAUUUUUCAGCAGUGUGGGAAAAUACGGGGAUAUAUGGACACCAGAGCAAAGUCAGGAAGUGUCUCUCUCCUUUUUGUUUUCUCAACAUUGUUUACUUUAUUCUUGGUUCUGAGUGGCCUGUAUUGUGUGUUCUCAGUAGUCUGUCAUGCAGAAGACCAAACAGGAUGUCUGGAGAUGUGCGAUGGCUCCACCUCCAAAAGGGAAAUCCCUCUCUGACCAGUGCUUCUGUUUAAAGCAGAAACUAAAGUACUCUCAUGUCUUUAGAAAGACCCUUGUGAUUAUUGUGAUUAUUACUCUCACACUUCGUUCGGCCUCCUUUUGUAUAUCAGUAUUUAAUAGCAUAUUUAAAAAGAACUGAAGUAACUGGACUAGCUGGACUAUGAGCUUACAAUAUGUGCAUUUGUAAAGAAAAAAAACUUGAUUUGUUUAUCUCAUUAAAUUAUAUAUGUGCACAAAGUUAAACUUUUUAAUCAUACAACACACAACAGUGUUACUGAUUGUAUAUUGGACACAA